CAAAUUGAAUUGAAUUGAAUCAUUACAGUGAGAGAAAAAACUACAAAGUACCUGAAGACUAAUUCAGAGGAGAAGCUAGAGAGAUUAAACAAUCUAAAGGUUAAACAAUCUAACCAACCAAUCACAAGAUGUCUGCAGAGAGACUGAAUUUAACUUCCAGUCCCAUGGACAAAGAAACCGCGACCAUUGACGAGAUAACCAACACUCUGGUCUCAGAUGUCCUUGAACAUACUGCUGCCAAUCUCAGUGAGCAGAUGCUGUCAUUCAGCAGCAAUGAUACAGAGGAAUGGGACUCAACUCAGGAUGACUCAGAUGAUUCCUCUGAUGGAAGUCCCUCUCAACAGAAGGCAGAGAAACCCCAUGACGACACCACAGUUGAGGACAAUAAAGCUUCUGAUCCAGACCUGAACCCCACUCAGGAAAAAGUUGAGGAAGAAAAACCCCCAACAGAGGAGGAGAUGAGAAACCUCCCAGUGAGAAGUUUGUCAUCCACAGACUCUUAUGACAGGAAGAGUCUCCAAACUCAAGACCUUUCCUGCUUAUUUCCAUCACCACAUAAGCUGGAUGAAGAUGCUCAGCCACAGAACCAACCACUGCCUGCAAGUCCAGAAGUCAAAAGUGAGAAAACCUGCAGUCCGACUCUCAUAACCAUGACAAAUGAGGUCUUGCCCUGUAAAGACGAAGAGGAAAACGACAAGACUGAGGCUGGUAGACUUCCAACAAUGAGUCGUCUAGAUCCAGACCCCUUGGAGAAAGAUGAAUUCGCAGCAGACCAGCAACUAGUCCUGAAAUCUUCAGAGAUUGCUGCUAUAACAAUGAGAUUCUUCCAGAGUCUCAGUGAUGAGCAAUGGAGAGAGGUCAGUGAAGGUGUGUACAACAAGGACGUAAAGGAGCAGCUGCUUGAUAUGUGCACUGAUGUAAUACAGUACAUCACAGAUUUUGUCAUAAGAGCUGUCCUCCAGUCAAUCCAUCGAGACUCAAUCACAACUGAUGCCUUCACCAUGAGGAGCCCCCAGUUUCCAGAGCUGAUGGAGGACUUCUACUGUAACAUUAAGGACACUUUUGAAAGCUCCUUCGGUCAGGCUCUCCAAGAUAUCCUGGGAGAGGACAACCCUGUGAAGGUUGCCCCUGAAUUCAGCCAGGCCAUAACAGGAGAUGUCAUCAAUGAGGUCAACUCUGCCCUCUCAGUGGCAAGCCAGUGCUCAAUAGAUGUAGAUUCACCCUGCACUGUUGUUCCUGUCAGCUCAAAGAAUUUAAAGGACAAAACAACUAACAAGACUUUGGGAGGAGCUGUUUCGACGCUACAGUCGCUUCUCACGGGUCGAGUCACCGCUAUCAAAAGACAAAUGCAGACAAUAAAAAGGUCAGACAGUGACGUGAAAGAGGAGACGGAAACUAAAGUUUGCCAAACCAAGAGAAAGAUGUCGCUCCGGAAGAGAUGUUCAAGUGCAUGGCACAAGAACAGGGUCCAGCCCGGUCUCAAAGCAGGCAUGAACGCAGCUGUCAGUUCAACCUGUGCUGAGUUGACUCCCACGUUGACUGGAGAGCAACAACAACCAACUGAGUCUUGUUCCACCAUAUGUUCUGGUUCACCCCAGGAUGAAAAUAUAACAGGAAGGAAGGAACACAGAUCCACUCCACUGGAGCUGGACGACUAUGUUGAGGAUGAGGACAAUGCAGACAAAGACAGCAAUAAUGUUGCUUCACCCUUGUCCAUCACUGAAGCAGUUCCCUCAGAUCAACAGGUCUUUGAGGCCACAAAGGGGACUGAUGACUUCCAAGAUUCCAAUGAGUCCGAUGACUCUAUUGCCAAUCUCAGCUCUGCCAGUGAGCAUAUUAACACCACAGAGACGGAGGCUAAGAAACAAAAAUGCUUCUGCAGCUGCCUCCACAACUUGCUCAGAAAGGAUGAGGAGCAAAAUAGGAAGGAAGAGAAGAAGGAGAAGAAAAAGACUGGACUGCCUCUGGGGCUGCGACUGCUGUGCUUCUUUUGCAUUGAAAAUUCAGCCAGCGACCCGCUUCCCAACUGAUGCCUCGCACCUUCUAACUUAACUCCCUGUUUAACUUCAAACAAAAAAACAAACAAAUAAAUAAAUAAAUAAAUAAAGGUG